AUGGCUUCCGGUGACCUCUGGCUUAAAUCCGGCUGGAAGAUUGCUGCCCCGUUCGCUACAGACCAGUGUGUCUCCUUCCUCCCAGUGAUAGAAUCCGGAGUAUUGCAGAACCUUCCUCCUCCGCUGGAGCCGCCGGAUCCACCGGAUCAAGCUCCUCCUCAUAAGUCAUCGUCCUUAACUUCUCCUUCCCAACCAAUGUUUUCUUUCCCUCUGCAUCCGUCAUCGCUUGGGUCUAAUCCGAACAUAAAUCCGCCGCACUCAACCACAUCUCCUUUGGCGGUGGUUUGGAAUCUCGCCGGUCAUGACGGUGGUCCUCUCAACUAUUCUUCUCCGGUCUUCCGACUCCAAUCUUGUCUUGUAAGCUUUUCUUCCUUUGGUGAUGUCUUAACGGGCUUGGUGUGUGAGGAAUCUUUAGAGGGCUUGGCCCAUGGUGUUUCUUUAGUGGAUUGCAAGCCCAUUAUCAGUUUACGAUGGUUAAUGAUAUUAGCUGCAUUCACCAGAUUAAUGACAUUAGUAGUGAUAACAUAUGUGACUAGUGCCAAAGAAUGGCAACUAGGGAAUGAGUGUAAAGCCAAGACUUUAGAAUUCUUGAUGACUCGAGCUAAAGCUAGAGUGGCUUUAUCGCAACUAAAGAAUGAGUGUAAAGCCAGCACUUCAGAAUUCUUGGUGACUCGAGCUGAAGCUAGAGCAACUUUGUCGCGAGCAUUAGAAGAUGGCAUAAGGACAACCUCGGUAGAAUCCAACUCCUUACAAUUGGAUCGAGCUUUUUCGUUAGCCUCAAAGAUUUUUAAACUACAUGAUCUUGUCUUCCGUUCUCAAGUCUUUCUGUCUCCGAUCUCAGAUCUCGCUGUCUCUAUUUCUUCUGUCUCGAAUCUCAGAUCCGUCACGGAGAAGAUUCAAGAAGGAGUGUUGUUGAGGAAGAACAUGGAUUUGAGCUAA